UAAAAUAAAAAAGAGAGAGAGAGUAGAGAGAGAGACAGAGAGAUGUCAUGUGCAGUUGUGUCCCAACUGUAAAGCCGGAGGUAUCUGGAGGUAUCUGAGCUCUCCCUCAUCAUUUUUGCUUUCUUCCCUGGGAUGGGACGCAUGCAACUCUAAUUUAUGUCAGUAUUCUCUGAUCGAGCGAAGAUGGUGUCUUCGCUCCAGAUUAUGUGGAUGUUCAAGGAUGGGGUGAUUCUGUUCUGUACACCGUUCCUGCUCCUCCCGCUGCCUCUACUGAUCGGAACCACGGAGGCAAGAUGUGCCUAUGUGAUAGCUCUGAUGGCAGUGUACUGGUGUACUGAGGUAUUGCCACUAGCGGUGACUGCUCUCCUGCCCGCUGUCCUUUUCCCUCUGUUUGGCAUCAUGGAGUCCAAGCAGGUGUGUAUGCAGUACCUGAAGGACACCAACAUGCUGUUUGUAGGCGGUCUGAUGGUGGCUGUUGCCGUGGAGACAUGGAACCUUCACAAGCGCAUCGCCCUCAGGGUUCUACUUGUUGUGGGGGUGCGGCCUGCCCUUCUGAUGCUAGGGUUCAUGGGUGUGACAGCAUUCCUGUCCAUGUGGAUCAGUAACACAGCCACCACAGCUAUGAUGGUCCCCAUUGUCCAGGCUGUCCUGGAGCAGCUCAACAGCCCACAGAAUGGGGAGAAGCCCUUGCCCAUCCCCCAGAGCCAGGAGAAUGGUAUGAUUCCUGAGGAAAGACUGGAGAACAGUUCAAACCCACAGGACAGACUUAUCAUCCAGGACAAUCACAUUCCACUGGAGAAACCAGCCACAGAGGAUAGACUGGACUCCCCAGACAAACCAGUUCACCAGGACAACUCUCUGGCUGAUGGGAAGCCAGGUGAGGGGCACUGGGCUGGAGGCAGAGGUCAGAGCAGGGGGCUAGUGGUAGUGUCUAUGGUCUUGAAAGAGCGGACUGAAGCAGAGGAGCAGGUUUGUGAGGAAGAGGAGGAGAAGGAGAGGACGAAAAUGUGUAAAGGCUUGACGUUGUGUGUGUGUUACGCUGCCAGCAUUGGAGGCACUGCCACUCUCACUGGUACCGGACCCAACCUCGUCCUCACAGGGCAGAUGAGCCAACUCUUCCCUCAGAACGGUGACGUGGUUAACUUUGCCUCGUGGUUCGCCUUUGCCUUCCCCACAAUGCUGCUAAUGCUGACGCUGGCCUGGCUCUGGCUCCAGCUCAUCUUCAUCGGCUUCGAUCUGAAGCGUACGUGGGGCUGUGGUGCUGUGCAGUCAGAGAAAGAACAUGCAGCGUAUGAUUUGAUCCGUGAGGAGCAUCGUCGUCUGGGGCCAGUGUCCUAUGGAGAGUUGAGUGUCCUGGGGCUCUUCAUUCUGCUGGUGGUGUUGUGGUUCACACGAAGCCCAGGCUUCAUCAACGGAUGGGCAACCCACAUCUUCAACACAAAGGCAGAAUGCUGCGUGGUGAGCAGGUGUCUGAGUCUGUCUGGUUCAAGUGCCUUCCCGAG